AAUAAUUUAUUUUUAAAAAUUUUAACGGUAUGAGACACAACAUAUAUACACGCAUACACACACUAUCGCAGUUAAAAACAUUUAAAGCAACAGUUUUUAUUAAAAAGCGGAAAAAUUUAGUGUUACUGUUGAAAAUUGUAGAAAAGAGGAAUCCCAAUUGGUGGAGAAGGCGUACAACACUCGAACGAUGCUUGACAUUACUGAGUAUUUUUGCUUUCAUAGCAGUGAUCGCGUUGGUGAUUGGAUUAGUGUCAGUGAUACUAUCAAAACAGAUUGCCGAAGAACUUAAAACACCUGCCAAUUCAGCUGAAGCCCUACACGGCGAUAGCAGCCGAUCUAAACAAAAUGAGGUACAAACUGGCAUAACUAAGGAUGAUAAUUUGGGUUCAAAAAAACAAAACAUAUGCCUGACGACUGAGUGCAUACAUACCGCUUCAGCGGUUCUAAGUAAAAUGAAACCGGAACUAGAACCUUGCGAUGAUUUCUAUCAAUUUGCGUGUGGUACAUAUAUUGAAGAGGAAAAUAUACCAGAUGACAAAGUCUCUGUAAACACAUUCUCGACAAUUUCCGAUAAACUUCAAGAACAAUUAAAAGAUAUCAUAACAGAAGAACGUCCAGAGUCAGAUCCAAAACAUUUCCGUUUACCUAAUGCGCUUUAUAAAGCCUGUAUGAAUAAGACACUGAUUGAAAAGUUAGGACCAGAACCAAUUACUAAGAUCGCUGACUCUUUAGGUGGUUGGCCACUACUUAAAGGUGAUGCGUGGGAUCCUGAAAAUACAUGGACUUGGCAAGAGACUGUAAAAAAAUUCCGUAGACUAGGUUUUAGUAUGGAUUAUGUUGUAGAUUUUUCAAUAAGUGUGGAUUUAAAAAAUAGCACAAAACGAAUUAUUGAUCUUGAUCAAUCUUCAAUUGGUUUAAGUCGGGAAUAUUUGGUUAAAGGCUUUAAUGAAACAUUAGUCUCAGCUUAUUAUGAUUACAUGGUCGACAUUUCUGUAUUGUUUGGAGCUGAUAAAGAAACAGCUAAGAAGGAAUUACUGGAGUCAUUACAAUUCGAAAUGGAUUUAGCUAACAUUUCAUGGCCCAACGAAAAGCGUCGCAAUUCGAAUGAUCUUUAUAAUUUACGCACCAUCAAGCAAAUACAAGAAGCCUACCCUUAUGUGCAAUGGUUGGAUUACAUUAAUGCAUUGUUACCUGAUGGUCUUACCGUCGAAGAAGAUGAAUCGAUCAACUUAACUGUACCAAGUUUCUUCGAUGAUUUAGCCGAUUUAUUAGCGAAAACUCCUAAACGAGUGAUUGCCAACUACAUGUUUUGGCGUAUACAUGCUUUCUCUAUAGCUUUCCUUUCCGAGGAGUUCCGUAAACGUCAAUUGCAAUACGCUACCGCACUAUCCGGGCGCCAAGAGCAGGAAGCACGUUGGAAGGAGUGCGUGGAUAUAUCAAGUGGCAGCAGCGAGAAUGAUGAAGCCGAAGAUGGAACAGGCUUAGCGAUUUCGGUGGGUUCGCUUUAUGUGCGCAAACAUUUCAAACAGGAUUCAAAGGCCAUUGCUCUUGAAAUGGUUGAUAAUAUACGCGGAAUUUUCAACAAUCUACUUGAGCAAGUUGACUGGAUGGAUAAUAUGACUAAGAAAGAAGCUAAAAAGAAGUUGCACUCAAUGGCUACACAUAUUGGUUAUCCGGAUGAAAUGUUAGAUGAAGAAAAACUUUCUAAAUAUUAUGAAAAAUUAGAUAUUGAUCCAAAUAAGUAUUUUGAAUCAUUCCUUAAAAUGAAUGUAUUCGGUACUGAUUAUUCCUUCAAUAAACUGCGUUUGCCAGUUAAUAAAACUGAUUGGGUACGUCAUGCUAGACCUGCUAUUGUGAACGCAUUUUAUUCCUCAAUUGAAAACAGCAUACAAUUCCCUGCCGGUAUCUUGCAAGGUCACUUCUUCAAUGCACACAGACCUAAAUACAUGAAUUAUGGUGCCAUUGGUUAUGUUAUUGGACACGAAAUUACACAUGGUUUUGAUGAUCAAGGACGUCAAUUCGAUGUUGAUGGCAAUUUGGUCGACUGGUGGCAACCUGAUACACAAAAAGCUUAUUUAGACAAAGCUAGAUGUAUUAUCGAACAAUAUGGCAACUAUACUGAACAUAUAACAGGCUUAAAUCUGAAUGGCAUUAAUACACAAGGUGAAAACAUUGCAGAUAAUGGAGGUGUUAAGGAAUCGUACAUUGCUUAUAGACAAUGGGCAGAGAAGAAUGGUCCGGAACCAUUAUUACCAGGAUUAGAUUACACACCAGAACAAAUGUUUUGGAUAUCAGCUGGUCAAACCUGGUGCGCGAAAUACCGUAAAGAAACUUUAAAAAUGCGUAUUACAACUGGCGUUCAUUCCCCAUCGGAGUUCAGAGUUUUAGGUUCGCUAAGCAACAUGAAAGAUUUUGCAAAAGAUUUUCAAUGUCCAGAAGGAUCACCUAUGAAUCCAGUGCACAAAUGUGAAGUUUGGUAAAAUAACAUUGACAAACAACAUAAUAUGCAGAGUAAAAACUAAAAAACUAUUUUGCUUUAUUAUGCUGACCUCUUUUCUUAAUUGUUUUAGUUU